AUGCGUUCCACCACCACCCUCCUCCAGGCCCUUUUCGCCACCUCUGCCUUGGCCAUCCAGAUCACCCACCCCAAGAAGAACGACGUUGUCGACGUCAAGUCCGGCGUUGAGGUGUCCUGGACCACCGUCAACACCGACCCCAAGUCCGCUCACUUGGUCCUCGUCAACAUGGCCUCCGGCCACACCCCCUACUCCAAGGACCUCGGCGAGGUUGACCUGACCAAGGGCUCCAUCAUCAUCUCCGAGUCCGACGUCCCCAACGACUCCGCCUUCCAGUUCAACUUCCAGUCCGUCGAGAGCCAGAGCACCGGCAUCCUCGCCCAGUCCGAGCAGUUCGAGGUCAAGAACUCCGAGGAUGACAAGAAGGAGACCACCACCAAGGGCGCCGCUACCAAGACCACCUCUGCUGCCACUCUCGUCACCGCUUCCGAGUCUGUUUCCGCUACUGCUAGCGCUUCCGAGUCUGACUCCGAGGAGAGCUCCUCCGCUUCCGCUGUCUCCUCCGUCAGCGGCGCUUCCACUCUCGCUACCGUCACUGGCUCCUCUACUGCUACCGCUUCCGGCUCUGCUUCCGCCACUGCUGCCCCCACCGGCGCCGCUGGCAAGCUCCAGAGCGGUUCUUUCCUCGCUCUCGCCGUCGGCCUCGUUGCCGUCCUUGCUUAA